CCGUCAGUGUCUCUCGCGUUCUCGCACGGAGAACAACUCCGACUCGAUCGCGUCGUCGCGUCUCGUCGCUUCUUCCUCUGUGUUUAUCCGUAUCCCAUCGGGAUCGCGCAAUACCGCGUAAUACCGCGUCGUAUCGCACGAAUAUCGAUAUCGCUUUAAAAGUGAAAAGGACGUCGAGACAGCUGAUUCCCGGGGAGAUCCAACAAUCCGACUAAAUGAGAGAUUCUCGUGGUUAGAGGGAAAACGUAGCGUCGUCCCUUUCUUCCCACCUUCCUUCUCCUUCUUCCCUGUUCUUUCUCCCUCUCCCCCUCUUGUCCUUUUUACGCCCCGUUCCCUUAAUUCCCAUCUUUCGAGAAUAUCGAUAACGUCGGCCUUGCUCGACAUGGAGACCGGACCCCGAAGGCUGCUCCUCUGCUGGAUAUACAUUCUUAGUGUGGCAGGAGCAAACGUUCAGAGCAAAGUGAGAUGCUCGGAACAGUGGAUGGAGGUUGACAUCGUAAGGAGUAGUCCGCAAGCGAGGAUAUAUCUGCAACAGAUGAAGGACUUUCCAGACGAAGCUUGCAAACCUCGGCUUAGCAACGGCGUCGCCACGUUCCGAUUACCGCUCUUAGAGCAGGACAUGUUGCGAUGCGGUAUCACUAGAGUCGUUAACAAAGUCACGGGUCAGAAGGUGUACUUUCAUCGGAUAAUAGUGGAGGAGCCGGCGGAUUCCAGCAAGCACACGUUCACCGUAAAGUGUGUUAUCACCGAAGUCGUUGUGAAACCUGGAAUCUCGAUCGCAACCAAUCACACCGCGGUUCGACGCAGCGUUCUUCCAGCAGGUUUCCAGGAACCCGACGUGAUCGACAUCAGGGGAGAGAUCUCCGAGUCGGCACCGGUACCGAUAUUGGGAGUCGGCGUCAGGCAAGGUGGCAAUCUCGUUACCGGGGAACUGAACGUUAGCCCAGGUACGCCUUUGCAGAUGGAGAUCUUCCUGGACAAUGGCUCCGCUCCCGUUUAUGGACUCUUGGUUACUUAUAUGUUGGUCACUGAUACCAAGACACAGGAGGAGACUAUUAUUAUCAAUGGCUGUUCCGUGGACCCAUAUCUGUUCGAAAAUUUCAACACGGUGGAUGGGGACUUUCUAACAGCGAAAUUCCGAGCUUUCAAGUUUCCAGAGAGUACCUACGUCCAAUUUCGUGGUACUGUUAACGUUUGUUUGGACAAAUGCCAAGGGAUCGAGUGCAGCAAUGGUCAAAUUGGAUUCGGCAGGAAGAGAAGAGCCAUCGACGUCUCAAAUACUGACAAUAACAAGCUGUUUGAAGUGACUAUGUCUGCUCUCAUUAAAGUGGAUUUCGAGGAAGACGCAGUGGUUGAUAAAGCCUUAUCCGAGUUAUACAUCAGAAGAGGAAAGAACAGGACAAAAGCCAGAGCUGUGAUCGCGGAAGAAGUGAGAGAGCAACCAGCUCCGACCACGAUUAGGACAGAGGAGAGAGCUUUCAUAGCGCAAGAGGUUAAAGAACAGUUCAAAUACAAGGUUACCGAGACGGAGAUAAACGGCUCGUCGUGUAGAACAGCGGUUGUAACUUUCGUCCUCGUUCUGUUCUGUCUCUGCAAAUUUUUGUAGGAUUCGAAGGGAACGAUCUGCAAACCGAUGAACGAUCGUUGACUGUAAAUAGAAAGCGGCUUGAGAACCGGCAGGAUUCGAGUAUAUCGUGGAUCGUGGGAUAAAAGAAUGGAUCGAAUGUUUAGCCGGAUGUUAGCAGAUAUAUUCUUUUCCUUCCUACGUAAGGAAAGACAUGCGUAUUCGUGCACGAUUGAAUGCAUAUUCGCUUUGUACGAUAUCGAAUCGAGUUGACGAACAAGAUCCCGCCCGGUUAACAUCGUUCGAGAUUUUUACCACUUUGGACAAUAUUAGGGACAAUGUUAAUGGAAAGAAUUACGGCCGUGAAAGUCUUAGAAUUGUGAUUGAUCGUUCCAGAGAUAUACAAGGAUUACCGUAUAGGAAGAAUAAUCACGAAGCUUCGAGUUUGGGUUAAUUAGCAUCUGCUCAAGAAAUUUCUCCGUUCAGCGACCGCCAAAUUUUCGCUCACCUCUUCCGUUCUCGCAAUCCGCGUUACUUCAUUUCCCAGCUGUACCCUCGCGAAUAACCGCAUAACAAUACAGCCGCUAUACUGCCAGAAGAAAAUUGGCCUUUGCGAGCGGAGAAUGCCGAGGAGACCUAGUCGCGCGACGAGAUGUAACAACGUGAUGUGACUUAAGCAACUUAGACAAUUACGAGGUAAUUAAUUGCUGCUAUAAUCUCAAUAUAAUUAUAACGGAACGCGCAAAAUGUAAAAUAACUCUUAAUAAAGCGAGAGAAUACGCGCGUGGACGCGUGCUCGUUGUUUCGCAUCCAUGAAGAGAUGUUCCCUACUUUAUAGACGCGUUAAGGAACAAAGAUAGAAGGCUAAUAAAGACGCGCAUAGAAAUAUACUUAUAUAUAUAUAUAUAUAUGUGUGUGUAUGUAUAUAUAUAUAUGUGUGGAAUGUUUAAUGAUCAUGUAUACAUGAUAACUUUGUAUAAAAAAUAUAUAUCUUUGGCCUAAAA